UUUGAUGACCUUUAUAACCUCUACACCGACAAAUCGUAAAUAUUCGCUGUGAUUUUACUCAAAUACGCUCACUUACAAGUCAUUUUCUGGUGACACUUUAACGCGGCGGGUCGCAGUGAAGGUACAACGAUGACUGACACCAAGGAAAAAACGAUGCCAAAAUACGUAAAGUUCCUCUUCGGGGGCUCGGCGGGCAUGGGGGCCACUCUGUUCGUGCAGCCGUUGGACUUGGUCAAAAACCGGAUGCAACUGGCGGCCACGCAACAAGAACGAGCCACGAGUGUCCAAGUUAUUAAAAAAAUCAUCACGAAUGAGGGGGUUACGGCCAUGUAUACGGGGCUGUCAGCGGGAUUGCUCCGGCAAGCCACUUACACAACGACGCGACUGGGGGUUUACUCGUGGCUGUUCGAGACGUUCUCACAGGAAGGCAAGCCCCCGAGCUUCCUGGCCAAAGCGGCCUUGGGGAUGGCAGCCGGAAUGGUCGGAGCGUUCGUAGGCACCCCUGCCGAAGUGUCGCUCAUUCGCAUGACCGCCGACGGGCGCCUCCCCGCCAACGAAAGACGCAACUACAAAAACGUCUUCGAUGCGCUUUUGAGGAUAACGAAGGAGGAAGGGCUGCUCACGCUAUGGAGGGGCGCCAUACCCACCAUGGGUCGCGCCAUGGUAGUGAACGCGGCCCAACUCGCCACAUAUUCCCAAGCCAAACAAAUACUUUUAAACACAGGGUUCUUUAGGGACGGGAUUUUGCUGCAUUUCUGCGCCUCCAUGAUUUCCGGGUUGGUGACAACAGCGGCUUCCAUGCCGGUGGAUAUCGCCAAAACUAGGAUCCAGAACAUGAAAACCAUCGAUGGUAAGCCAGAGUAUAAGGGCGCGGUGGAUGUUCUAGUCAAAGUCGUGAAAAACGAAGGGCCGUUCGCGUUGUGGAAGGGCUUCACUCCAUACUACUUCAGACUGGGGCCGCAUACAGUCCUCACUUUUAUUUUCCUGGAGCAGAUGAAUGGGGCGUACAAUAGAAUCGUACUAGGGAAGUCUGGAACAGGAGGGCAGUUAUAGGAAGGGUUGAAUGGGUGGAAAUAACUACGCUUAUCUAUAUAUUUUUCCUUCAUUUUAUUUUAUUUUUUUUUUAAGUAAGGUUUUAUUUACAUAUCGCUGCACUUUAGUAAUAAUGCACAAAAAACGUCGCCAAUAAUGUGUCAGGUCAUUAUGUAAUGGAAUUUUUAAAAUAAACUGGAACCUUGGCCAAUUUUCGCCAUUUCCUAGUCACGUGUAUGUUAAUUUUCCAGUGGGAAUGGUGUAAUGUGGACCAUCAAUAAAACAAAAUUAUUUAAAAA